UCUCCCAGACCUCUCAGAUGAACUGGGAGCGCGCGUCAGAGAGCAGAGCACGGCAGAAACCCGUCCGGCAGCAUUUUUCCAGCGAGCGACGCGAGUCCUGUUCCAGCCUGCGGAGCUCAGCCGGUCCUCUUUAUGUAGCGCUCUCCUUCCGCGGCCUCGAUCCUCCCGCCAGCAUGACCAACAGCUCCGAUUUCCAGAACCCCGAGGACUGCGACGCCACCAACAGGGCGCUGUACAAGCUGUACGCCGCCAUCGUGAUCAUCAUCUUCAUCCUGGCGCUGCCGCUCAACGCCUCCGUCAUCCACCUCUUCAUAUUCAAGCUCAAGUUCUGGAAGUCCAACACCAACAACGUCUUCCUCUUCAACCUGGUGCUGGCCGACAUCCUGCUGCUCUUCUGCCUGCCCAUCAAGGCGCACAACUUCAUCAAGGGUGACCGGCGCGGCAAGGACACCGUCUGCAAGCCCAUGCUCUUCAUGCUCUUCCUGAACCGAGGCGCCAGCAUCGCCUUCCUCACCGUCACCUCCAUCGACCGCUACUUCAACGUGGUCCACCCCGGGAGGAAGAACCUGCUGAAGGUGCUGAAGAAGUCCCCUCACAUCUCCAUCAUCAUCUGGCUGCUGCUGCUGCCGCUCACCAUCCCCACCAUGCUCCAGAACUUCGACUGCUGCAACAGCCACAAGAACGGGGACCCCCGCGAGGACACCCUCAUCAAGGACGUGGUGGACAGUCUGAGGGAGGUGGUCUUCUUCAGCCAGAUCAUCAUCCCCUUCAUCAUCCUGGUCUACUGCACCGCCCGCAUCGUCAACCGCCUGCGCCAGAAAACCAUCGGCGACAAGACCAAGCUGAAGCGGGCGGUGGUGCUGGUGACCACGGUCAUGGUGGUCUUCUCCCUCUGCUUCCUGCCCUGCACGCUGGCCAGGAGCAUCCUGCUCAUCGCUCGGGUCCAGAACUGGCCCGAGUACGUCCAGGACAAGGCGGCCGUGGCCUUCGACGGCCUCAUGGUGCUGUCAUACAUGGACUGUCUGCUGGACCCGCUGGUCUACUGCUUCUGCAGCACCAAGUUCAAGGCCAUCUACCUCUCCAGCUACUUCCCCUUCCUGCUGAAGGAGGCGCCUGUGGUGGCCGACAGCUCCACGGGACACACGUCCAACCCCAAGCGAAGCCAAGUCAUCUGAGCCUCGGCCGGCCACAGACUCUCCUGCUGCCGGAGCUCGCCGCUGUACAUAGCCUCUUUCUGCUAAUAAAGUCU